AUGGCUCCUGCACCAAACGCACCUGGACCUCACAAGAAUCUCCUCGGCCACCGUAUCGCAGACGGCCGCCUUGAGCUCGUCUCUGUUCUAGGCCUAGGCGCUUACGGGGUCGUCUACUUGGCGCGAGAUUUGAAGCAUCCCAAUCAUCAGGCGCAGCCUUCCUUUGCGACUUCCUCCGCCUCGGGACUUCCUCGCUCCCUUGCUUCCGGAGCCGGUAGCGCCGCUACAGGCUAUUACGCCGUCAAGUGCCUGAGCAAAGUCGGGCUCGAUGCGCGACAACGGGCAUUUCAGAGGCGGGAGAUCAUGCUUCACACCAUUGCAUCCAACCACUCCAACGUCGUCACGCUUCAUCGCGUCAUUGACAGUCCCGAAGACCCUUGUGUCUACGUCAUCCUCGAUUAUUGCCCAGAUGGUGACCUCUUCAGCAUGAUCACUGAGCACCAACGCUACAUGAGGGCCAGCAUGGAUGCUAUGAUUAAAAAAGUCUUCUGCCAGAUCAUCGAUGCCGUUGAAUUCUGCCACUCGUACGGCAUCUACCACCGCGAUCUGAAGCCAGAGAACAUCCUUUGCCUCUCGGGCGGCUCGAAGGUUGUGCUCGCUGACUUUGGUCUGGCGACUGGAGAGAAGGCGAGCACGGACUUUGGCUGUGGCUCAACUUUCUACAUGGGACCUGAGUGUCAGGGUGGCAUCACCACUCGACUGACCGAGUACAGCACUGCUGCCAAUGACAUCUGGUCCUUGGGUGUCAUUCUGGUCAACUUGACCUGCGGGCGGAACCCAUGGAAGCAAGCCUGCACCGGUGACGAGACGUUCCGGGAAUACCUUCGCCGACCCGACUUCCUCUUGGACAUCCUGCCCAUUUCAGACGAGGCCAACGAGAUCCUCAAGCGAAUCUUCACUGUCAGACCAGAGUGGAGGAUCAGUACGGCCGAUCUGCGAAAGAUGAUCCUCAACGUGCGACACUUCACCGUGACA